GCCUACUUGCUGUAUAUGCAACAUACAGUAAAUGUGCAUUCUUUAAGCAGAAGCAUUAUAUUUGUGAGGUUAAUAAUUCAAAAGUUUCUUUACUAGACCCGCGAAUGAAGGCUUAUCCAAUGAUGCAGAGUCCAGUGUACAUGUCGGCCAUAUUGCUGAGCUACCUGUUCAUUGUGCUGUUUGCUGGGCCGCGACUCAUGGCCAAUAGCAAGCCUUUCCAACUCAAGGAGGUCAUGGUCAUCUACAACUUCUCCCUAGUGGGGUUGUCUGCCUUAACCGUCUAUGAGUUUCUAAUGUCUGGCUGGGCCACCACAUACACUUGGAGAUGUGACCCAUGUGAUUAUUCUGACAGUCCUCAAGGACUAAGAGUAAGUCACAGAAUAAUGUUAUUUCCUUUUUCACUAGAUGGUUCGAGCGACUUUUUAGCCAAACUAAUUGAGCUCAUGGACACAGUAAUCUUUGUGCUGAGGAAGAAGCAUAGCCAGGUCACCUUCUUGCACAUCUUCCGCCACACUAUAAUGCCCUGGACCACUUGGUGGGGUAUCAGCUAUGCUCCUGGGGGAAUGGGCUCCUUCCAUGGCAUGGUGAAUUCUGUUGUCCACGUCAUCAUGUACUUCUACUAUGGUCUGUCAGCUGCUGGACCACGCUUCCAGAAGUUCCUCUGGUGGAAGAAGUACAUGACUGCCAUCCAGCUGGUUCAGUUUGUCAUAGUGGAUCUUCACAAAAGCCAGUUUUACUUAAUAGACAACUGUGGAUACCAGGUCCCUUUUUUAAUCUUCCUCAUUUGGAUGUACGGUACCUUCUUCUUUGUUCUGUUCACCAACUUCUGGAUCCAGGCCUACAUUAAAGGAAAACGGCUGCAAAGGUUGCACACUAAAAGUCACAAUGACAAAACCAAUGGAUCUACUGUAGCCAGCAAUAGCAAGCACGCAAAGAAUGACACCAGCAGUGAUACCUCCCACAUCACAAGUAACAAAAAUGGUAUUGCGUAGAUGGGUAAAAUGAAAAAGUCAUAGGAGUUCUCGGAAAUAACACAUAUGAUGUAGGAAUAUCAGAAACCUGCUCCAAGCUACCAAGGAUU